CAACCUUACUAAGCCCAGAGACGCCAGUACUGCUGGGACUGAGGGCCAGUCGGAUCUCCUCGAGGCGCUGUCCCUGAAGGAGAGGAUGGCAAGGUACCAGGCAGCCGUUUCACGGGGUGACGCCCGCAGCUUCUCGGCUAAUGUCAUGGAAGAAUCAGAAGUGUGCACUGUGCCUGGUGGUUUAGCUAAGAUGAAAAGACAAUUUGAAAAGGAUGAAAUGACUUCAACCUGCAAUGCCUUCUCUGAGUAUCAGUACCGACAUGAGAGCAGAUCUGAGCAGGAGGCAAUCCACAGCAGUCAAGAAAUAAGAAGGAAUGAACAAGAAGUUUCUAAAGGACGUGGAACUGAUGGCUUCAAAGCAGAAAUGAUGUCACAUCUUGAAAAGCACACCGAGGAAACAAACCAAGCUUCGCAGUUUCAUCAAUAUGUUCAAGAAACAGUUAUUGAUACUCCAGAAGACGAAGAGAUUCCUAAGGUUUCUACUAAGAUUUUAAAAGAGCAAUUUGAAAAGUCUUCCCAGGAAAACUUCCUCUAUUCUGAUAAAGAAACAACAUCUCCAGCCAAGUGUAUAAAGAUUGAAAAUGACAGUGAAGAAACCUUAAAGCCAUCACCAGCUGUGAGUACCUCUUCUUCUUAUACUUCAACCAGGCAGAGGAAGGAAACCUCAACCUCAAGUUAUAGUAAUCGCAGUCUGACUUCAACAACCCUGGCAGAAAACAAUGGCACCCCUUCAGGAAAGAUGGAAGAGUUUCCUCCUCCCCCACCUGAUGUUUUUCAGACACCAAUGGAUAUGACAGCAUUUUCCCAGUCCCCUGAAUUCCCCAACCCUCCUAGAAGACUACCAAUGCCCAAAGAUUUAUAUUCCAAGCAAAGAAAUUUGUAUGAAUUAAACCGUUUAUACAGGCAUAUCCAUCCAGAGUUAAGAAAAAACUUAGAAAAAGAUUAUAUCAGUGAAGUUUCUGAAAUUGUUUCUAGCCAGAUAAACUCAGGGAACUCGAUAUCAGCAGAUGUACAACAAGCUCGGUAUGUUUUCGAAAAUACAAAUGACAGUUCUCAGAAAGAUUUGAACUCAGAAAAAGAAAACCUGGAAUGGGAUGAAAUUCUGAAAGGAGAGGUACAGUCAAUAAGAUGGAUUUUUGAGAAUCAGCCAUUAGAUUCUAUCAACCAUGGUUCUACAGAUGAAGGGUACACUUCCAAAGGCAUUGCUGACCAAGAACUCAUUGCUGGAGGUGAUGUGAAGUAUACAACUUGGAUGUUUGAAACUCAGCCAAUAGAUGCACUGGGAGUCCCUUCUGCUGGCACUGAAGGAAACACUGAGAAAAUUCCUGAGCUGGCUAGAGGAGAUGUUUGCACAGCAAGGUGGAUGUUUGAAACAAGGCCUUUAGACUCCAUGAACAAAAUGCAUGAAUGUCAAGAAGAAACAGUAUCUACUGUUACAAAGGAUAUAACUGGGGGAGAUGUGAAGACUGUAAGAUACAUGUUUGAAACUCAAAAACUAGAUCAACUUGGACAGCUUCACUCAGUGGAUGAAAUGAACUUAUUACAACUAAGAUCAGAACUCAAAGAAAUUAAAGGAAAUGUUAGGAGAAGCAUAAAGUGUUUUGAAACUCAACCAUUAUAUGUCAUUAGAGAUGGUUCAGGCCAAAUGCUAGAAAUUAAAACUGUGCAGAGAGAAGACAUUGAAAAGGGAGACGUAAGAACGGCACGUUGGAUGUUUGAAACACAGCCUUUGGACACAAUAAACAAAGACAUCACAGAAAUUAAAGUUGUUCGAGGAAUAUCCAUGGAAGAAAAUGUCAAAGGUGGAGUGAGUAGAGCAAAGUGGCUAUUUGAAACUCAGCCACUGGAAAAAAUCAAAGAAGAGUCAGGUGAGGCUACGUUGAAAACAGAAGCAGUCAUAGGUACAGAUGUUUCUAGAAAGUGUUGGAUGUUUGAAACACAGCCAUUAGACAUUCUAAAAGAAUCUCCUGAUAUGGACAGUGUAUCACCUGAAGAGAGAAUAGGAGGGGACGUAAAAACCACCAAACACCUAUUUGAAACAAUCCCAAUAGAGGCUUUAAAUGACAGCCCAGAUAUUGGAAAGCUUCAAAAAAUCACUGCCUCUGAAGAAGAAAAGGGGGAUGUUAAGCACCAAAAAUGGGUUUUUGAAACUCAACGCUUAGAAGAUAUUAGAGAAGAUAAGAAAGAAUACACCCGGACAGUGAGGCUAGAAGCAGUUGAUAGAGGGAAUGUAAAGAACUAUACACAUGACUUCGAAUCCAAUAAUCUAAUUAAGGUUGAUGCAUCACAUCAUAUCGAGGUAGAAGGAGUCACAAGAGGCACUGUGGAGUUGAAUAAAUCUCUCUUUGAGACAACACCACUAUAUGCCAUUCAAGACCAUCUUGGAAAAUACCACCAAGUAAAGACCGUCCAGCAAGAGGAAAUAGUAAGAGGUGAUGUAAGAAGCUGUAGAUGGCUUUUUGAAACAAGGCCCAUUGACCAAUUCGAUGAAAGCCUUCAUAAAUUUCAGAUAAUUAGAGGAAUAUCUGCUCAAGAAAUACAGGCAGGGAAUGUGAAAUCUGCUAAGUGGUUGUUUGAGACCCAACCUCUUGAUUCAAUUAAAUAUUUUAGCAAUGUGGAAGAAACAGACAGCAAAACUGAACAAAGUACUGAUAUUGUUAGAGGAGAUGUCAAAACCUGUAAAUGGCUAUUUGAAACCCAGCCAAUGGAGUCUCUUUAUGAAAAAGCUUCUUUGAUGACCAGCUCUGAAGAUAUUCAUAAAGGUGAUGUUAGAACCUGCACAUGGCUAUUUGAAACUCAGCCACUUGAUGCCAUAAAAGAUGACUCUGAAGCAACAAUAAAACUUCAAACUGUGAAACAAGAGGAGAUAAAAGGUGGGGAUGUUCGGACAGCAUGUUUUCUUUUUGAGACCGAAAAUCUGGACAACAUACAGGGGGAAGAAGGGAAAGAAAAUAAGCCCAUGGAGAUGGACAUACAAUCUGGGGAUGUCUCUGGCAUGAAGUAUAAGUUUGAAAAUCAGUCUUUAGACUCUAUAAGUUGCAAUUCAGAGAACGUUUUGAAUAAGAUCAAAACCCUGAAAACCGAAGACAUUCAGAAAGGCAAUGUUUUAAGUUGUAGGUGGCUAUUUGAAAACCAACCUAUUGAUAUGAUAAAAGAAAGUCAAGAAGGGGAUGGAUUGGUUAAGACAGUGACAGACAUACAAGGUGGAGAUGUGAAAAAGGGAUGCUUCAUUUUUGAGACAUUUUCUUUAGAUGAGAUUAAAGAUGAAUCUAAUGGCAUCAGCACAAGAGAAACAAAUGCUGAGGAAGUAAUAAAAGGUGAUGUGAAAAGCUACAAAAUGCUUUUUGAAACUCAACCACUCUAUGCGAUUCGAGACCAAGAAGGGUUUUAUCAUGAAGUGACAACAGUUAAAAAAGAGGAAACAAUUCACGGAGAUGUACGAGGAACAAGGUGGCUCUUUGAAACAAAACCAUUAGACUCAAUUAAUGAAUCAGAAGAUGUAUACGUUAUUAAAUCUGUCACGCAGGAAGACAUUCAGAAGGGGAAUGUGAGUUCUGUCAGAUACAGGUUUGAAACUCAACCACUGGAUAUGAUUUUAGACAAAUCACAUAAUAUUGUGCCCACUGUUGACUAUAUUCAAGGAGGCAAUGUGCAGAUGAAUAAGCAAUUAUUUGAGUCUGAAGGUGGUGACAAGAAGAAUUAUGUAAGAACAGUGAGCGUCAAUGAAAUACAAAAGGGCAAUGUUAAGACUUCUACUUGGCUCUUUGAAACUCACAGCAUAGAUGAGCUGGGAGAAGGGUCCAGAUAUGAAAAUAUUAAGACAGUCACCCAGGAAGAUGUGCAGAAAGGUGAUGUGAAGCAAGCGGUGUGGCUUUUUGAAAAUCAGACUUUGGAUUCCAUUAAGGAACUCGAUGAAAACAACACCAAAAUGACCAAGGAAGAAAUUCCUCCAUCAGAUGUCAAGACAACUACGUGGCUCUUUGAAACAACACCUAUUCACGAAUUUAAUGAAACUAGAGUAGAGAAAGAAGAAAUUAUUGGUAAAAGCAUUAAAAAAACCUUGGAAGACCUCUACUCUCGAAGAGUUGUUGAAGCUCCCGGAAUUAUCAUUGAAGCUGAUGAAGUUGGGGAUGUCAGAAUGGCAAAAUACAAGCUCAUGAACCAAACAACUCCUGAGAUCCAGAAGGAAAAAGUUAUCAGAGCUGAUCUCAGAAACAUAAUGAUGAAUUUACUUUCCCAAAGAGACUGCACAAAGAAAGAGAUAUUUGUCAGUGAAGAAGAGAAGGGAAAUGUCAAUUUUACUAAAACUCAAUUAUUAAACAGAUCAAUGGAAUUUCAUGCUGAAAAGGAAGAGAUAGUGAAAGGGGAUGUAAAACAAGCAAUCCAAAAGCUGUUCUCGGAGGAAAGAUGUACAAAGAAAGGCAUAUUAAUUCAAGAAGAUGAAAAGGGAGAUAUUAACAUGACUAUCUAUUGUCUUCUUCAUGAAAAUGCUGGCGACAAGACUGAGCGAGAAGACAUACUGGGAGGUGAUGUGAGGCGCACCAUUCAUAACCUUUUAUCUUCUGCAUCAAAUGAUAAAAUAUCAGAAAGGACAAAAAUCGAUGCUUCGGAGAGGGGAAACGUUCAGUUCUUCACAACAUGCAUAGAAACUGGAGCUUUGGAUUACCUCAAGCAACUGCAAGCAGGGUCAAGUGAAACACUCACAGCUAGAAAGCAAGAAGGAGAGGAAGAAAUAAUCGGUGGUGAUGUUGAGGGAACAAAAUUCUUACUAAAGAAACGGCAGUCUUCCUUUGAGCGUACCAUUAGUGAAACUGACAUCAUCCCUGGAGAUGUGCGUAAUACAGUCAAAGUCUUCAUGACAGAGCCUCAGAGUUCCUCUUAUAAGACAGUGAAAGAAGAGAUUAUGAAAGAUGAUUUGAAAUCAACUCUGAAUUCUCUUAACCAGGCCAUGAGUCAGAAAACAGUGUCUAAAACAGAAGAAAUUAUGAAAGAUGACAGGCUGGCCAUACUCAAGUCACUAAAGGAGUCAGGCGACAGACAGAAAGAACUUAAACAAUCUGGUGGCAUGUCUAGUGAUAUUGGGCAAGCUAUUGAGUGCCUUGAAAAGGUUACAAAUACAAGGACUGAAAUAUUGAAAAAGGAGCUGAUAUUGGAUGAUCUUAAAACAUCAUUAAGGUCUUUGAAAGAAGAACAAUGUGGUUUCAAAGAGGUUGAAAAACAGGGAAUAGUCAAAGAUGCACUACCUGGCAUGCUACAAUUCUCAGAAAGACAAAAAAUAGGGAUUCAUCCAGCGACUGUCCAGAGAGACAAAAAAAGUCUUCUUCAACCAGUGCCAGGACCAUUUGAGCCAGCAAGCAGGCAGCAAGCAGGACCAGGCACUCUUGAUGAAACUACACAGAAAUCCUGCCAUCGGUCUUUAAUAGAGGAAAGAACUGAGGCUAAUCUUCCCAAAGCCCCUAAGGGCACUGUAAAGAUUGUCAUUGAUCGUGAACAAAACAAUGAUGCUCUUGAGAAAAGCCUUAGAAAAAUGUCUAAUUCAGAACAUAGAGCUAUGAAAAAUGUCUUAGACAUGGGUGACAGAAUGGGUGUCUGGACUGAGAGCAAAGAAUAUCUGUGUAGUGGUGACCAUAUGAACAAACAUUUAACUGCAACCAUGUCAAUGAAGGACAAUCUAAAAACCAAGGAAUCAGAGAAUGUGAGAGAAUCAAAGAAUGAUGCCAUUAGCUCCACCCAGUCAGUGAAUAAAACAUUUAGAAAGCAACAGACUGAAACCUGUGAACUAGGGAAUGAUCACUGGAAGUCUCAGUUCAAGAAUUCCUAUGGGAAGAAUCAAAAAAAUAUCCAAAACAUUGGGAUGACAAACGACUUUCAGAAGGAAGCCUUGCGACACCAGGAAAAGCAAUACUCUAAUAAAGAUGUGAAGAAAAAUGACAUGAGCCUUCAACCUUUGCCUAUAGGUAAGGAUGUUCACAGUGUACCAGAUGUGACAGUCUCUGGGAAAAACCACGAAAGAAUUCAAGCAACUGACAAGAAACAGAAAAUUGAUGUUUGUCUAGAAAGCCAGGACUUUCUAAUGAAGACAAAUACUUCCAAGGAGUUAAAAAUGGCAUUGGAGCAGUCCUUUAAUCCAAUCAACCUCCACCCUGCAUGUAGUAUAAAAGAAAGUGAGGACUCCCUUCCACCUCCAUCUCCCCCUCCUCCUCCACCUUCCAAUGCAUCAUCAGAAAUUGAGUUUCCCCUCCCUCCUCCACCACCUUUCAUGCUGUUGCCUGAAAAAAAUGAGUUUCCUCCCUCAUCACCCACAGAGAAGACAAGGACUGAAUUUGAAAACCUCCCAACCCUCCCUCUUCUUCCACCACCAGUAGAUGAAAAAUCUGAACAAGAAUGUCUGUCAACAUCCCUACCUCAUCCCCCUCCUCCAACUCCAUCACAACUAGCACAUCUUUCCUCCUCUGUUCCAGAACAUCACAGUCAAACACUUUUACAACAGUAUUCCCAAAAAGAACACUUGGAUUCUCAUCAGCUUCCCUCACAGGCUAAAAUCCUAACAGGAAAAUCGCCACCUCCUACCCUCCCCAAACCCAAACUUCCCAAGAGAAUUAAAGAUAAGAUGAGCCAGUAUUCCUCAAGCAGUGAAUUGGAACAAUCUCUGUCAGAUAUGGAAAUUAAAGCUACCUUCUCAAAGGAUCAGAAAAGAUCAAUGGUGACAAUGGGCAGUGAGCACACAGAGACAAAGCAAGAAGUAUUCACAAAAAGUCUUAGAAGAAAUCAGCGGCCCAUUGACUCUCUCUCUCAGACAGAUCCAAAAAUUCCAGCACCCAAGGAAAAACAGACUGCAACCCUUGUUAAAUCCCACUCAUUUCCAUCAGGUUCAGAACAACAAAGUCCUAAGCCUUACAUGAGAAAAUUUAAGACACCUUUAAUGAUUGCUGAAGAAAAAUACAGACAGCAAAAAGAAGAGCUUGCAAAACAGAGACAGGAGACUUCGUGCCACAUCAUCAAAACAGAAACCCAGCACCAAAGCUUAUCAGAGAAGGGGAAAGAAAUGGAGCUACAAAAAGCAACCCAGGAAAUUUCCACACCCAGAAACGAGUCAGGCUUCACGAGGGUACAACCCAACCUGGACCACAAAAGCAAUGCUGUGAUUGCAAGUAAACACUCUGAAAGACAGCCCUCCACAGCUUCUGCAUUGACAGUUGCAACUGAGAGGCUCCAGCAUGUUCUAGCUGAUUCAGAAGAUAAGCUUACCCUGAGACAGGAAGGCAUACAGAACCCAAGUGAGCCCCUACAAUCAAAAUCAGCUUGUGAAAUUAACCAGAGUCACAAAGAAUGUGAGACACAGCAAACAUUUGAGCAACAUGUGGAGAAGUUACCCUUUCCCCAAACCAAACCUAUUUCCCCAAGUUCCAAAGUGAAAACUAUCAGGCUUCCAACUCUAGAUCAUAUACUGACUGAAACAAAACUCAGUUCUGAACAUCACAUAAAGCAGUCUGAAGUUGACAUUCAAACCAGUACUAAACAAAUGAAUAGGGAAAUCAAGAAAACCCAAGAAAGCACACAGUGUGAUAAUAAGCAAUCUAUGCCUGAAAACUAUUUUCAGUUACCGAAAACAGAGAAACGGGUGACCAUACAGAUGCCCAAAGAAUAUGCAGAGAAAAAUCAUAAAAGUAAGCUCCACACAGUUUCCAAGAAGCAUGGAGGAUUUGGGGAGUUUGACAGAGGGAAUAUCCUGGGGAGGGAAGGAAAAAAUCAGGACUCCUCCAUGAGCAGUUCAAAAGAAAGCAGACUAAUAGCUGAAAGAAAACCAGAACAUCUGCAGGACCAGAGUGUACCAAGGUUAGUCCAACAAACGGUUAUUGAUGAACGCCUGGACUCACAAAUUCAGAAUUUUCAGCAGACACAAACUCAAACUUCUAAAAGUACAAUUGAGCAUAAAGAACUGUCCCAGCCUUACAAUGUUAUGCAGGAGAAAAAAUGUCUUAGAGACAAGGGCAAACAACAGAGACAGGUCUCCUCUAACACUGAAGAUUCAGAGCAAGAGAUAAGACAGGACAAAUCUUCAUUUUCCUCUGUGAAAGAAUCCUGGCAGGAUGAUGGAAAAUGUGCCAUACAUAUAUUGGAAUUCUUGCGAAAACGUGAAGAACUACAGCAGAUUUUGUCUAGAGUAAAACAGUUUGAAGCAGAGUCAAGUAAAAGUGGCCUUAAAACAUUUCAGACACUGUUAAAUAUUGUUCCAGUAUGGCUGAUAAGUAAGGAAAAAAGAGAAUAUGGAGUUCGUGUUGCCAUGGAGAAUAAUUUAGAAAAAGUCAAAGAAGAAAUAACACAUAUUAAAACUCAAGCCGAGGAUAUGCUGGUUCACUGCGAACAUGUAAUUCGAACAGCCAUGAUGGCUUCCCAAACAGGAAAGCAGAGAGAUAAACCUACCAAUCUUAAUGAAAUGCCACUAAAAUUGUCUAAUGGUAAUCUCAGCUCUAAUAAAUGCACUGAACAGAAAGAAAGUAAAAUUGUAGAAGAAAAAUUAACACACCACCAAGUAGCAACCCAACCUGAGGCAGCAACUCAUAAUCCUGCUAAAACAUACCAGGAGACUAAGGGGGAAGGCAGUAAGGUAGCUCCUCCCUCUUUGAAAACUCGCCCGCCAUCACCAACUUUCAUUACAAUAGAAUCCACUGCCCGCAGAGCAGAAACCUCGAGCGAGCUUUCUCAGUCCCCUAAACAUAACAGUUGUAUUGAACCUCCACCCAGAAGACCCAUGGAACAUACCUCUAGACUUCCCAGAACAAGUACAUCACCUUCUCCGCCAAGAAGUCGUUCAGAACAACUUGUCAGACUCAAAGACACCACGGCGAGGUUAGCCAAAGGCACCAUCCCCUGUUCACCAGGAACCCCAGUUCCAAUUGUAGAGAAGAGAUCUGAAGUUGUCAUGUCUCCAGCCACACUUCGCAGGCAAAUCAAGAUAGAAAGCCGUGGUGGAGACUCACCACCCACCAUCACAAUACCUGUGAGUGUAAACCACGUCGUUAGUGGUUCCUUCAGAGAAUCUGUAGACGCUCAAGAGGCAGUGAAGAAAACAGAAAAAAAGGAGACUUAUGUUCAUAAAGACAAAAUAAAUUCUGUCAUUAGAACAAUGCCAGAGACUGAAAGCUAUGACGCCGUUGAAAUCAUCCGCAAGGUGGAAGGGCCCCACCUAUCAGAACACACAGAGAGAUUUGAAGCCACCAAUCAAACUGUUCAAAUGGCUGAACGUUUUCUGAAUGGCCAUGAAAAUGAAAUAAACAGAUGGUUUAAGGAAUUUGAGAAUGACCCAAUUUUCAGAGCAAAGACGACAGAGAGAAGAGCUUAUGCAAAUGGCGAAAUAAACCACAACAUGAAACAAGAGAGUCACGCAUUUUGCAAGGAGGAAUUUGGAUUAGCAUCUUCUUCGGAAACUGCUAAUUUUACAGGCUUUUCUUACAGACAUCCUAGAGAGCAUCAAGCGAACCCUCCUGCAAUGCAGCCCAGGGUUCAUUCUGAAACAAGGUCUCUCAAUGAGCAUUUCUUGAGUGUGGAUGCGUUCGACAGUCAGAUUGUUGGGUCAAAGGUAGCAACCUCAUCAUCAAGAAGUUCAGAAGCUGGCAGAUCCGGUUUUGACUUCAAGCAUGCCCCACCGACCUAUGAAGACGUCAUCGCUGGUCACAUCCUAGAUAUUGCAGAUUCACCUACAAACCUCAGACGGAAUUUUCAAGAGACAUGGCAGGAAAGUGAAAGAGUUUUUAAGCGCGUGGGAUAUGAAACCUCGGAUGCACAUGCAACAGAAAUGAGCAGGGUCUUCCAGGAAGAAUCUGCCUUUUUAAGUGACAAGGAAAUUUGCAUAAUUUGUCAAAAGACAGUUUAUCCAAUGGAGUGCCUCGUAGCAGACAAGCAGAAUUUUCAUAAAUCUUGCUUCAGAUGCCACCAUUGCAGCAGUAAACUGAGUUUGGGAAAUUAUGCAUCACUUCAUGGACAAAUAUACUGCAAGCCUCACUUUAAACAACUUUUUAAAUCUAAAGGAAAUUAUGAUGAAGGUUUUGGACACAAGCAACAUAAAGAUCGAUGGAAUUGCAAAAACCAAAGCAGCUUAGUUGAUUUUAUACCCAGCGGAGAGCCCGAUGUGUGUGAAAACCCUACAACAGAUUCCCUUUUGCUUGGGGAUUUUACUACCCAUGCAGAUGCUCGGAACAGCAAGCGGCAAGACAAUGAUUUGAGAAAAUGGGGAGAGAGGGGAAAAUUAAAAAUUGUUUGGCCUCCUUGUCAGGAGAUGCCUAAGAAAAACUCUUCCCCUGAGGAAGAACUCAAAGUAAAUAAAGCUAAGUGGCCUCCUGAAGUGACCAUCCCUGUCCCCUCAGAAUUUAAAAGGGAAUCACUGACCGAACAAGUGAAAAUGUUAGAAAGUCAAAGGCAAGAACAAGAUAGCCUCCCUGACUUGCAGCCCUGCCAACGCGUUUGUCAGAAAGAGGACAUUACAGGAAUCAAAGAAAUAAAAGUGUACGAAGAAGGAAAAGAUGAGAAAGAAGUAAAGGGGAAAGUGCAGGAUGUGCUGAAAGAUGCAGAGGGCUUGAGGAAUAAGAGAAAAAGUGGGAUGGAGCUUAACGACCAUAAUGCACAUGCUCAGAGUGAUGGACAGGAAAAGACUGCUGGUACUAAUGAACCUGACAGUGCAGACGUUUUACAAGUUACAAACACCGAUGAUGAGGCAGGGCCAGAAAAUCAUAGGGAGAACUUCAAUAACAAUAACAAUAACAAUUCUGUAGCUGUCUCCUUGUUGAAUAAUGGCAGGCAGAAGACAUCUAUUUCAGAAUGUCCUCAUCUAUUACAGACAGCCAGUGAAGCAAACUAUUACACAAGUGAAUACCAAAUUAAAAAGUUUAACCACGCGUCUAGAAUCUCAGAGUUACUUGGUAUAUUUGAAUCUCAAAAGUCGUCCUCCAAGAAUGUCCUAGCCUUGGCUCUGGAGCGAACAGCUGACAGAGGGACUGCAGGCAGUCCCAUGCAGCUGGCGCUGAAGCCAGGCUUCCAGCAGGGUUUAUCAGUUAAAGGAGAAAGCCUUGCAGCAUCUCCUGGUAUAAACCGGUUACACAUUAAAAGAAACCAUGAAAAUAACAAAAAUGUACACCUUUUCUUCUCUAACACUGUGAAAAUCACUUCUUUUUCCAAGAAACAUAACAUCCUUGGGUGUGAUUUAAUCGAUUCUGUUGAUCAACUUAAAAACAUGUCAUGCUUGUAUUUAAGAGAACUUGGAAAAAAUGUCAAAUGCUGGCAUGGUGAAACCGCAGGAGCGGCUCGGCAUGGUGGAAAAAUGUGUUUUGAUGCUCAGAGGCAAGGGAGUGUGGCUAAGCCUGUGUUUCCCAGCAUGCAGUGCCAGGCUCAACAUCUGACUGUGGAAGAGCAGAUUAAACGAGACAGGUGCUACAGCGACAGUGAGGCUGACUGAACAGUCUUUGGCCACUUGCAGGCACUCGGGCACUGAGCGAGAAUGUUCUCAGAGAAGACCUCCGGAUCAUCGCUAACCUUUUGAUGAAUUUGUAAAGAUCACGUUUUAAAUCUCAUCUUUCACAGGACAUUAUUUCUUGUAUCGCACUCCAUAAUUCUUUUUCACAAUUCACACGAGACUAGUUUGGAUCUGAAUGAAAUGCUGAGAUGAAACAAGGUGGCCAUGUUUCCUUUUAAAGGGCACAUGGGCUACGGUUUUCCUGUGUGGUAAAAGUGGGAGAGAGUCUGUACUGUUGGUGUUCAUCGCCAGUCUGAUACCUACCUUCUCUAUAAUUUCUGAUGAAAUAAAAUUUUGUCAACUG